AUUAUAAUUGAAUUCAAAUAAAUAGACAGAAUCCAAUAUGUCCAAAUGACAAAUAAAUUCACUGUAAAAACAACAAAACCAAUUAGAUAAAUAUUUAAUUAAAGUAAUAUGAUAUGAUUAAUAUAAAUUAUGCAUACAAAUUAUAAAUUAAUUUAAAAUUAAAAAUAAAUAUCGAUUAAUUAUUAUAUUAUAUUUAUUUUAUAAAUAUUUAUGUCCGUGCAUGUGCACGGAAAAAUUACCUAGUAUGUAUAUGUUAGGGAAGUGUGUGCUGUUAAAUUUUCAUAGCGUCGAAUAAUUCAUAAUCUUUAUAAGAAUUAAUAUAAGAGAUAGAGAUUCGCCUACCAUUAUUGUAUGCGUGGUUCUCUUAAUUCGUGAUUCUCCCACCAUUAGGGCUAUUGUCCAUGGUUUUUUAAUACUGAUUUGUCGCUUAAAAGAUGAGUGAGUGAAUUGGAUUACAAUGUUUAAUCACGAAAAGUGUGCUUAUAAUUGGUAGAAUCAGAAAGGAUGCUAAAGUAACGUUAACCGUCGGAUUUAAGAAAUAAAAAGAUUGUAUGCAUAAUGACAUGACAUUAUGGAAUAAUACAUUUUAAAAAAUGAAUAUAAAUUUUUAUUGAAAUAUCUAGAUAAGAGCAUCUGUAUUAACAAUUUAUCAACACAAAAAUUAUGUUGAUAUAUAAUGUUUUAUAUGUAAAAUAAAAUAUUAAUCUAUUUUUUUAUUAAAAAACACAUUGGUGUGAAUCUAAUAUUAAUAUUCACGUUUAAUUUUGCUUAAUGAAAAUCUGCUUAAUAAUUAAACAAGCUCUUUUAGUUACGUUCAAAAGAAUACACGUUUGUCUUGAUGUGAUAGAGCCUCUCAGCUCUAUAAAAACACUUAUGCACACACCUCUCCUUAAUAAAAAUAAACACUAAACCAUCUCAUACUCUCUCUUUCUCUUAUCUCAAGAAGAUCAUGUCAGGCGUGUGGGUAUUCAAGAACGGAGUGAUACGGCUAGUGGAGAACCCUAACCAGUCAGGAAGCGACACAAACAGCCGAAGGAAAGUGAUGGUCUAUUUACCGACAGGAGAAGUGAUCUCAUCUUACUCGACCCUCGAGCAGGUUCUCGGGAGUCUUGGCUGGGAGAGGUACUUCGGUGGCGGCGACACAGAUCUUCUCCAAUUCCACAAACGCUCAUCAAUUGAUCUCAUCUCUCUCCCUAAAGAUUUCACCAAAUUCAGCUCCGUUUACAUGUACGAUAUUGUCGUCAAGAACCCAAAUUACUUCCACGUCCGAGACUCCAAUUAAAACUUUUUUUUUUUCUUUUUGUGUUUGUGUGUGUGUGUUGUUUUAGUUGUUUUUAAUUGAAUGUUUUUUGGGUUUUGUUUUAGUUGCAUGUGCAUGUUUUAUUUGUUGUGGACGUUGAGAGUUGUGUAACUGUGUAUGUAAUUGUGCUUUAAUGAGAGUUGGGAUUAAUAAUAUUGUUUAGUUUAGGGAUAACUCAAUCUUAAAAGGGUUUAAUUUCAUUAAUCGUAUCGGGCACACCAUGGUUAUUGGAAAAUAUAUGCUCGUUUGGCUCAGUGAAUCGCAAAUGCUUUUUAUAUAUUAAUCCAAAUCUCAGUUUCAGGAAUGAAUUCUUUUUUUUAAACCUAUAUAUCUACGAAAUGAUGACGGUUUUGAUAGCAUUAAUCCAUGUUAAUAUAUUUUUAAGCCAUAGCAAAAAUCCAUGAAAUCAUCUAUCAUAUAAAAAAGUUAAACAUUGUCAUGUCAUGUGAAUAUGUGAUCGAGCUAGAAAUUACCAUCACAAACUCUUGUUCAUCUUCCGUACAACUUUGAUGCCACUAAUAUUAGGUAUAUAUAUUGAUGGAAUAUUUUAGGGACCCCAUGGGGUAUGAUGAUAUUAUUUUCGCUAAUGUAUCCUGAUUCUUAGAGGCUCUUUAACUUUAUGCUGUUCGAUCUUACUAUUGAUCUCCGGAUAUAUGUUUCUCAUUUCAUAAAUUUUAAAAUAAGUUUAAAUAAGUUGGAAACAUACAUAGCGCUAUAUUUUUGUUUAUUUUUGGGAUAAAAUAUCUUUUUUAAUUGUUUUUGCUAGCUAGAAACGCAUAAGUUCUGAUUGGCUUUCGUGCUAGAGCGUCGAAGAGACAAUACACAAAAACUUUUGCAGUGGUUGUGUCAGUUUCUCAGUGAUGAACAUUACCAAGCAGCUCACACAUUAUAUGAAGAAAAACAGUCUAUCAAGUGGAAGAAAUGAUGAGACAUCAUUUGCCAGAAAAUAUCAAAAUUUCCAAGAAUUUGAAAGAUAUUUGUAUUUUGUAAAUGUUGCGUAUCCGACUGUAAUAUUUAAAAGUUGGAAUACAAUUUUUUUUUGUGCAACAAGUUGGAAUACAAUAUGGACAAAGAGAUGUCGACAGUAGGUCCUUGCUUUGUAUCCCUACAUUCAUAACGUCAUGACUUUGUACCCGAAACAAAACAAUGCAUCGAGAUGCAAGUAAUGAUGAUAUAUUAUUGGUUUAACUAAUUAGUCUAUAUGAUUUGUAAUCACAUCGUUGACGAGGCUUGUCAAAAAAAAUCCCACAUAAACGUAAGCAAUAGAACACAGUGGUUCACGUGAAGAACGCAAUGUCAGCUUCUUGGCGAACCUACGGGAAUCCGAAACGUGUCUAAAGAGACAUUGCUUCGAGAAACACUUCCCACUCUCGAGGAGUACUGCUCACGUGGCCAGAGUUUUUAUAUCGUCGACAUGCACACACUAUCAUUAUGUAGACAUGUAUGUAUAGGCGUGUGACAAGUAUUGGUACACUGUAGAAGGAAAAAAUUUCAGCAGCAUUUAUUGGUGAGUGACAUUGAUUUGUGGAAGAUUCUGACGUAUAGUCGACAUGGCAUGCCGUAGUCCAUAAGAGAAUAGGGCGAAGCUAAAAUUUAGGUCACUUUGAGAAACUAGUUUAGGAGACAUCACAUCUUGUUCUGCCGUCGUAGUUAAAAGUGUACUGCAUGUGCUGAUAGAAGAUUGGACAUGUCAUUACCAAAACAUUAUUCAUUCAGUUUCUAUUGUAUUUAUACAUUUUACAUCUGCAAUCGAUACUACGUUCGUAUGUUUGAAUAUAGUCAUAACCUAUGCUUUGAUUGUAUCUCCAUAUACUCUUUGGUUAUUCAGUCAUAUUAAAGCAUCAAUUUAUUCUGAUGGAAUGUGAUUAUUUUGAUAUCUGUUUAAGUUGAAUGUUAGUGUAAUAGAAUUUUGCUUUAGUAGAUCUAUUGUUUUUAUACAAACGUAAUAUUUUUUUUAACAUCAAAAGACUAUUCUAACAAGCCUAAUGGUUAAUUAGUAAUAUAGAACAUGAUUAAUUAUUUGGUUAAAUAUUAUAUACAACAUAUAAUGUCAUAUAUAUAUUAUAUAGAACUAACUAAUACUAUACAAAAUGCUUACAAAUGUUGAAGCAAAAUUUACUGUCUAUAUUUUAAAUGAGAAUUUUUUUUUUUUUUAAACUUAACAAUAUUUCAAUUGUAAAUUUUGUUUAAAGUCAGUUUUUGGAUCAUUUAAAAAACAUUUGCAUCUUUUAAAUACUUUUAUAAAUGUUUUUCAAUAAUUAUGGUUGAUCAUCUAUUCGAUUGAAGAACUUUGGAUUUAUAGCCUUAAAAGAAAAGAGAACGCACCAAUACAAAAUUCUGAGUAUCAAUUUCGUUCAAAAAGGAAAGUGUUGUCGCAAAACCGAAGAGAAAGGACAAUUUAUUACAUAACAAAGUUAGGGUAUAGAAUUAGGAAAAUUGGGAACACAUGUCGUUUUAUAAUUACUAGAAUGAUAAGGAAAAGUAAAAAAAAAAAGGAUAAGCUUUCUUUACGAACAAGGAAAAUGUCUAUAAAACAUUAAUAAAACUUUUGCUCCUUCGAUUAUUGCAACCGAUAUAAACCUCUUCUUAAAUCUCUCAAAUUAAUCAAGUCAAACAUAGCUGAAUCUCAAGACACGUACAAUCUCCAGUUUUGGUCUGAGUUUUCGAUUUCGGGUUAUAGGUUUUGGUUUCCUUACGUGAAAAAUCAAUUUUUAAAAACCCUAAGAGGAAAAAAAGGAUGACAAAUUUUCUGAUGCUUCCAGAUGAUUUGGUAUUAAACUGUUUAGCACGCGUCUCAAGACUAGAUUAUCCAAUCCUCUCAUUAGUCUCCAAGAGAUUAAUUCCGAUCUCUCCUUGCCUCAACAAAGCUUCACCAGACCCGAACCCUCUUAGGCCGCACCGAGAGCUGUCUCUACGUAUGCUUAUCGCUCCCUACAGACUCUAACCCAACACUUUGGUUCAGUCUCUGUCGUCCAACGCCAAAUAGCUCCAAAAAAGUUUUAAUCCCAGUUUCAUCUCCUAAUCUUCCACCUUGCUCAUCUUCAUCCUAAAUUGCAGUGGUUGGUCCUAAUAUGGCCCUGUUCGUUUGCUCACCCAGAUGAUCCAUCUGGGUGAAGAUGCAAAUUGAUGUUCGUUAAGUGCAUUAUAAUGCUACAUCCAGAUGGAUCGCUCAGCUGAACUCAUUUCAAAUUCUCACCCAAAUGAAGGUGAGUCUUGAUGGUGCAUCUGGAUGCAGAUGCAUCUAGUUCAGUCCAAAAUAAUAAAUAACAAAAAUGACCUUUUAAAAUCAAAAUAUUAUAUUCAAACCAUAAAUUCUAUUUUUUUUGCAUAUACAUUUUUUCGCUAUAACCAAAAAAUAUAUUUUCUCGCAAAACGGAAAAACACACUUUCCCGUCAAAACCGCAAGAUGCAUUUUUCCGCAAAAAAACAUAAAACACACAUUUUCAUUAAAACACAUUUUUUGGCUAAACCAGUAAAACCACACUUUUCGACCAAAACCCAAAAAACGCAUAUUCCCGCCAAAACUUCAAAAGCAUUUUCCGGCCAAAACCGCAAAAAGCAUUUUCCCGCCAAAACCGGAAAAACGCAUUUUCCCGCCAAAAC